AGCACCCACGAUUACACAGACUCACGAGGCGACAAUCGCGUGGUGGAUACAACCAGAGCGGCGUGGUGGCUACACGGGUCGGUUGGAGAAAAUAGGUUAAAGGCGAUUGAGAUGGUUAAAGCAACGAUUGAGGAUGGUGUGUGGGCAGGACAAGGUGAGUCUCCGUGUAGUACUACUGCAACGGCACAAAUAGGGAGCGGACUGAAUUUAAAUAAAUUAGGGCAAAUGGAGAGCUUGCCGGUACUCAUGUGCAUCGGCUCGCCGACUGAAAGCGGUGACCCCGUCGAGAAAAGGCAACGACGGACUCUUGCCGAUUCUCUACUACCAAGGCACAAAAGACGAGGUAUUGUUUACUUGCCCCGAUUUACAUUCUUCUCUCUGCAAAUGGUUUGUCGUGUGUCAAACGUGUUGUAUGUUGUUUAUUUGUGCCACAUGGUCAUGGAGAAGCUGUGA